AUGGCCCUGAAGGUCCAAAGAUAUGAAAACCCUCAGUUAGCAGAGGCUGAGGUUCUUUAUCUCUGGGAUGCUGAUUAUUCUCCUGAUGGAGAAGGACUUCUCGGUGACCGAGGGCCUCCAGGGCCAGCAGGCCCCAAAGGACUUGAGGGAGAAGUAGGACCAGUUGGACCUAUUGGAGGAAUUGGACCAAGAGGAAGGCCAGGGCGGAAAGGUUAUGUAGGUGACCCUGGACCGGAAGGGUUAAAGGGAGAACAAGGAGACCAAGGAAACCUUGGAAAAAUUGGUGAAGCAGGAUCAGCUGGGUUACCUGGAGAGACUGGUCCAUCUGGAAGCCUUGGUGAAAAGGGAGAGAGAGGCAGUCCAGGACCAAUAGGUCCUCCUGGAGAGAAAGGUGCCAUGGGCUAUCCAGGACCUCCAGGCAGCCCUGGACCUGUGGGACCAGAAGGACUGCCUGUAAGUAGAGAGAAACGCUUUGAUUUGACCUAA